AAGAUGCUAGGUGAAACUUCCCCAGAUACCCUUCUCAAUAUGAACCAUAUUGCAACUACAUACUUUUCCCUGGGUAACAUUUCGGAGGCCCUCUCUCGACAACAAGAAUUAUUGGAAGUCGAAACGAAAGUGCUUGGACCUACACACCCUAUAACUCUCCAGAAUAUGAAUAAUAUGGCCUCAAACUAUGAGAAACUUGGAAAAUAUCAAGAAUCUAGCAUGCUUCUUGAGGAGGUCCUGGAGCCUCAAAGGGAAGUGUAUGGACCAGAGCACCCAGAGACGACCAUGGUAAUCAGAAACCUGCUAGACUGCUAUCGAAAACUUGGGGAUGACCAGAAAGCAGCCAAGUUGGAAGAAGAGCUAAUUCAAAUUCACAGUAAGAAGUAA